AAAUCCUUUAUACUGACACUGAGAAGAUAAUUUUAUCGGGAAAUAAGAAUACUUUAAGUAUUUCAUUAAUUAUGUAUCAACGCUCAAACAAAAACACUUGUAUGCAUCAAAAACCUCAGGUUCGCCGGGGUAAAUGCAUUAAAAAGGGACAAAUUUUAGCGGAUGGUGCUGCUACAGUUGGUGGGGAACUCGCUUUGGGGAAAAAUAUAUUAGUGGCUUAUAUGCCAUGGGAAGGAUACAAUUUUGAAGAUGCAGUACUCAUUAGUGAGUGUCUAGUAUAUGGUGAUAUUUAUACUUCUUUCCACAUACGGAAAUAUGAAAUUCAGACGCAUGUGACAACCCAAGGUCCUGAAAGGAUCACUAAGGAAAUACCGCAUCUAGAGGGCCGUUUACUCCGAAAUUUAGACAAAAAUGGAAUUGUGAUGCUAGGAUCGUGGGUUGAAACGGGCGAUAUUUUAGUAGGUAAAUUAACGCCUCAGGUGGCGAAAGAAUCCUCGUAUGCUCCGGAAGAUAGAUUAUUACGGGCCAUACUUGGCAUUCAGGUAUCGACUUCAAAAGAAACUUGUUUAAAAUUGCCUAUAGGUGGUAAAGGUCGAGUUAUUGAUGUGAGAUGGGUUCAGAAAAAGGGGGGUCAAGUUAUAACCCCGAAAUAAUUCGUGUAUAUAUUUCACAGAAACGUGAAAUCAAAGUAGGUGAUAAAGUAGCCGGAAGACAUGGAAAUAAAGGUAUCAUUUCAAAAAUUUUGCCUAGACAGGAUAUGCCUUAUUUGCAAGACGGGAGACCCGUGGAUAUGGUCUUCAACCCAUUAGGAGUACCCUCACGCAUGAAUGUAGGACAGAUAUUUGAAUGCUCGCUUGGGUUAGCAGGAAGUUUGCUAGAUAGACAUUAUCGAAUAGCCCCUUUUGAUGAGAGAUAUGAACAAGAGGCUUCGAGAAAACUCGUAUUUUCUGAAUUAUAUGAAGCCAGUAAGCAAACAGCCAAUCCAUGGGUAUUUGAACCCGAGUAUCCAGGAAAAAGCCGCAUUUUUGAUGGAAGAACGGGAGAUCCUUUUGAACAGCCUGUGAUAAUAGGAAAGCCCUAUAUCUUGAAAUUAAUUCAUCAGGUUGAUGAUAAAAUACACGGACGUUCUAGUGGACAUUAUGCACUUGUUACACAACAACCCCUUAGAGGCCGUUCUAAGCAGGGGGGUCAGCGGGUAGGCGAAAUGGAGGUUUGGGCUCUAGAGGGGUUUGGUGUUGCUCAUAUUUUACAAGAGAUGCUUACUUAUAAAUCUGAUCAUAUUAGAGCUCGCCAAGAAGUACUUGGUACCACUAUCAUUGGAGGAACAAUACCUAAACCAGAAGAUGCUCCAGAAUCUUUUCGAUUACUUGUUCGAGAACUACGAUCUUUGGCUCUGGAACUGAAUCAUUUCCUUGUAUCUGAGAAGAAUUUCCAGAUUCAUAGGAAGGAAGUUUAAUCGGAAUGAAUCACAAAAUUUCUUAUAUGAUCGAUCGGUAUAAACAUCAACAACUCCGAAUUGGAUUAGUUUCUCCUCAGCAAAUAAGUGCUUGGGCCACUAAAAAAAUACCUAAUGGAGAGAUAGUUGGAGAGGUGACAAAACCCUAUACUUUUCAUUACAAAACCAAUAAACCGGAAAAA